AUGGCAUACACUCUGCCUCCACUCGGCUAUUCUUACGAUGCCCUUGAACCACACUUCGAUGCAAUGACCAUGGAGAUCCACCACUCGAAGCACCACCAGACCUACGUUACGAACCUCAACGCUGCACUCAAGGACCAUGAGAUGUCCUCCUUGUCCGUCGACGAGGUGAUCAGGCAGAUGGACAAAGUGCCGUCCGACAAAAAGGCUGCCGUCCGCAAUCAUGGCGGUGGUCAUGCCAACCAUUCAUUCUUCUGGAAGAACCUCAAGAUGGGCACCACGCUGUCUGGAGAUCUCGAGUCUGCGAUCACGGCGAAGUUCGGCAGCAUCGAAGAGUUCAAGGCACUGUUCGAGAAGACGGCCACAACGGUCUUCGGGUCCGGGUGGGCUUGGUUGGUCGUGCAAAACGGCGAGCUUGCGGUUGUUAAGACCGCGAACCAGGACUCGCCUCUCAUGGGAGAAGUGAUCUCCGGCACAAGCGGCUUUCCGAUCAUCGGGCUUGAUGUUUGGGAGCAUGCGUAUUAUUUGAAGUACCAGAAUCGCAGGCCUGAUUAUAUCAAGGCAUUCUGGAGCGUGCUGAACUGGGAUGAGGCAACGAAGAGAUAUGCGCAGCGUCCGAUGUAG